CCACCACCGAACGACGGUCGACGGCGGCACGCACUCACAAAAACCAGUACACACGACGGACCACGCUCCACGCGCGUCACUCCGUCGUUCUCGCUCGCUCUUGCUCACCGCGCUCUCCAUCGUCCUUCUCUCUCGCCGCGCGCCGUCGCGACGUACGACUGCUGCUGCAGCUGCUAUAUACAAAAGACAGAGAGCGCGCGUGCGCACCGCUACACACGGGCACACAGACGAACGUUUCGCGGCCCGUCGGUCGUCGCACAAACCCCUUCAGCGUUCAGUGUCUCACGUGCUCCGCAUACGUUCGGUGGUCGUUCGCUCUUGUUCGCACAUUAUACUACAUUUUAGUACACCGCCUGCACAACCACCAAACAUAAUAACACAACGUUAUUGUUAUACCCACCAUAAUAAUAUUGUGUUUAUACCGCGGUAUAUUAUUGUUUUAUAAUACAUGUACUCGCGUUCGUUUUCGGCUAUAAAUCCGAUAGGCCACAAAUUAAAGAAAUUUUGCUGAAAUUAAAAAAAAAAAUCUACUUAUAGCAGAUUUCAAGUGUUGAGGGAUAAUAUUAUUAUUAUACUAAUAUAUUACGAUAUCGUUACCGCCGUCUUCAUCUCAGAUAUUUCACCCCCGAUCAGCCGACUCGCGUUCAUGACCAAGGUCGUCUGCGUUUGCUGCUGAAACCGUUUUCGCGGUCUUAAGAUUUUUUAGGAUUCCAAGAGAUCACUUCAACGAGAGUUACCGAAAAGGUUUAACACUGGCUAUCGCUACUUCCAAACUGUAUUCCCAGGCUCCUUUACGAGUGUCAACGAGGCUAUACUUAUGAGCGUCCUUGACCGAACCGUGUUCAAAGUUGAACACAAAUUAUUAUAAUGCCGGAUUUAACGUUUUCGUGUCGUUGAUGUGGUUGGAUAGAAUUUUCCGACCUCAGAAGCCCGAAGGAGGACGGGAAUACUAUUCCUCCUACUUACAUGAACACACCCGAAAUUCGCGUCCGUUCGGCCGUGUUCAUACCUGUUCAUGACAGACCCUCUAUUUUUCAGCCUUAAUUUGGGAGUGGAUCAAAUGGCUACGUUGGCCGAACACGCGGCUGACUUUAGCGGCAUGCUGGCCGCUAGUGGUAUGGGCAUGCCGCAGCCGAUGACCGCCACACCGGUGCCACUCGCUUUGCACCCGCACCACCAGACAGUACGCGGCCCGCUACCGGGCCUGGUGAAAAUCGCUCAGCCUCAACCGACGGCGGUGUCGGCGGCCAACAAGUCGGGUUCGCCUCUACAAAACGGCAACCAAUCGGCUCAAGACGUCGCGGCUGUGGUGGCCGCACAACAGCAGCAACAACAACAGCAACAACAACAGCAAUUACAACAACAGGCCAUCAUCGGCGGUGGCAAACAGAAUGGCGCCGUAGCAGUCGAACAAAUGGUUUCGGCACCAUCUCCCAGCGGUCGGUCAACGCCAAACAGCAGUACCGAGGGCACGUCGGCCAAACUCUUCGUCGGUGGACUCAGCUGGCAGACAUCAGCCGACAAGCUCAAACAGUAUUUCGGUAUGUUUGGUGAUGUGACCAACGUGCUUAUUAUGAAAGAUCCCAUCACGCAGAGGAGUCGUGGUUUUGGAUUCAUCACGUUUUCUGAUGCAGAAACCGUGGAAAAGGUGUUAGCCGUGCCCAUACACACGUUGGACGGCAAGAAGAUCGACCCGAAACACGCUACACCCAAGAACCGCCCAAAGGCCGGCAGUAAGACCAAGAAAAUAUUCGUUGGCGGUGUCAGCCAAGACACCACCGCGGACGAGGUAAAAGCGUACUUCAGCCAAUUUGGCAAGGUGGAGGAGACAGUGAUGCUGAUGGACCAGCACACCAAGCGUCAUCGUGGCUUCGGGUUCGUCACGUUCGAGAAUGAUGACAUAGUGGACACGAUAUGCGAGAUCCACUUCCACACGAUCAAGAAUAAGAAGGUGGAAUGCAAGAAGGCGCAACCCAAGGAACUGGUGCAGCCAGCGGCCGCGGCCGCCGCAGGCCUGUUAUUGGGCAAGCGCCCCGUGUUGGUCGGUGGACCGCUAGGCGUCCGUGUGGCAGCUGCCCCGGUGUCGCAGGCUAGCCACCAGCUGGCAGCCGUGCAACAAGCUCAGGCACAGGCCCAAGCGCAGGCUCAAGCCGCCGCGGCCGCGGUGGCCGCGCACAACUACAACAAGUUGUUCGCUACGUACCCAGGACUAGCCAGCUACCGUUACGCCCCGUAUCCAGUGCCGGUGACCGCAGCUGCGGCCCCGCAGCCAGCAGCCGCCGCCCCGCAACCGGUGCCCACAGCUGCCGCGGCCACGCAGGCCGCAUAUCCGGCCUACAGCCUGUCCGGCAUCGACAUGAGUGGCUUCCAAGGCAUCGACUGGUCGUCCAUGUAUGGCAUGGGCGGCAUGUACGUUUAGGCCCGUUUUAACCCUUAUUGCGCGCGUCCUGUGCUGUUUGUAUGUUGUGUGUUGGUCAGGUCAAUUUUUUUUCGCGUGAAUGAGAAAACCGAACAAAAAAAUAAAACGAAAAACAUUCUCUUGUUGCUCAGAUACAUUCUAUCAUUGAAAUUAUUUUUUUAAUAUUUAACCAAAAAAAUCCCAAUAAUACCCCAUCUGAACCCUCCUCAUAUCCUCCCAUGCCCAACCGCAUUUCAUUAUCUUUUUUGUUUUUUUUUUAUUCGAACUCGACGAGGCUGACAGCCAGAUCUUCGGAGAUCAAUCCGCGCGUGUGCCAUACCACUGCCUCAUUGUCGUGAGUUAUAUUUUUCAAAGGAUUAAAACUAACGAUUUCUAGUCAGUUAUCAUUAAUAUUAAUUUAUUAUUUUUUUUUUUUAUGUAUUAUUAUUACUAUCAAUAAUAAUUAUUAAUUUUUAAUAUUUCUCAACUUUCUCAUAGUAGUGUGGUUAGUGUCUAAAUAAUGUGUAUUUAAUUAAUUAGUUAAUGUAUUAUUUUGCUCUUUAAUAAAAAAAUUCCAAUGAUCAGUAGAGAAAAUACAUUCCAUUAAGGACCAAAGCUCACAAGCAUACAUCAUGAAAAUUUUUUUUAAAUACCAUUUCAUAAAUUAUAUUCUCUUUUCUCUAUAUAUUUCAUUCACUCUCACUCACUCUCUCUCUCUCUCUUUCUCUCUCUUUAUGCAUGUAUACGUAUAUUUAAAUUUUGUUUAUAUGUGUAUACAUGCAUAUACAUGAUAAUUAUAAAUCUUUCGCUUCUUAUAUCAAACGCUUCUUUAAAAUCAGAUUUACUAACUCGCUAUAGUACAGUAGUUUAACUUAGAAAGAAAACAUAAAGUACGAACAUGUAUAACAAAAAAACAAUAAUUUUUAUAAUAUGUAUAUAUUUUUUUGUUUAUUUUCUCACUACUUAUUGUAUACUUAAAUCAGUAGAAAACAAGACAUUGGAGUUGUUCAACAAUUUAAUUUUAGCUGUCCGCCUUAGUGAUCAAUCGUACAUUGUUUUUUUUUUUUUAAUUUUAUUUUUAUUGUCUAAAAUCUCACGAGUUCAAUAUUUAGUUAGACAUUUAAAAAAUUAUAACGUAUAAUAUUAUCUACUAUGAAUAUAAUAAUUUAAUUUUUCAGCGCGUUUUAGUUUUUAGUUUGUUAGAAUUAAACAAGUAAAAGUUACGAAAAGCACUGAUUCGACUGGACAAUACUAAUUAGAACAUUAUUAUAUGUAUGUAAAGCAAUAAUACUUAAAAGGUUAUUGAUCUCUUUGUUUAUUUAUAUAUAUUUUUUUUUUAAAUCUUUUUUUAGUAUAGUUUUAAUCUAGUUGUAAGCCCUCUAUUUUUGUAACAUUUUGAGAGUUAAUAAAAAGGAAGACAAAGCAAUUAUA